CUGCCCGGAACCGUGACGUGCGGGGGGCGGGCGACGGGCUGGAGGCCGCGUGCGUCCCUCGAAUCCAGAGGCCGCCUUCCAGCGCGUCACAGCCCCGCCGGGGGGCGCGGAAGUCGGAGGCCUGCGCUGCCAGCCCGCGUCCUCGAGCGAGCGUUUGAGUUUCGGUACCUUUUGGCUAUUGGGAGAUAAUUUGUUGGAGUAUCUGCUCCGCGUCAACAAGGCUAAUACCACUGGGAUGAGUGGCAGCCAGGACAGAGGUCACGUCAGGGCCAUACAGCGAGCUCUGUCCCCUCAGAGCAUGUCUGCCAAGACCACACGAUGGCCAAGCGAGUCGCCGUGGUUGGUGCUGGAGUGAGCGGCCUGUCCUCCAUCCGGUGCUGCCUGGACGAGGGCCUGGAACCCACCUGCUUCGAGAGGAGCGAGGACAUCGGGGGCCUCUGGAGGUUCACUGAAUCCUCCGAAGAUGGGAUGACGAGGGUCUACAGGUCAUUAGUGACGAACGUCUGCAAAGAGAUGUCCUGUUACAGCGACUUCCCCUUCCAGGAAGACUACCCCAAUUUCAUGAACCAAGGAAAAUUUUGGGACUAUCUCCAGGAAUUCGCCGAACACUUUGACCUUCUGAAAUACAUCCGGUUUAGGACCACAGUGUGCAGCGUGACAAAGCGCCCAGACUUCUCUGAGACUGGCCAGUGGGACGUCGUCACAGAGACCGAGGGGAGGCAGGACAGAGCUGUCUUCGACGCAGUCAUGGUUUGCACCGGACACUUCCUGAGCCCUCAUCUACCUUUGGAGUCCUAUCCCGGAAUCCACACGUUUAAAGGGCAGGUCCUGCACAGCCAGCAGUACAAGACCCCAGACGGCUUUCAGGGCAAACGCAUCCUGGUGCUCGGUCUGGGGAACACCGGAGGGGAUGUCGCAGUGGAGCUCAGCCGGACCGCAGCUCAGGUUCUUCUCAGUACGAGAACUGGCACCUGGGUCGUCAGCCGCUCUUCAGAUGGGGGCUACCCAUACAACAUGAUGGUCACAAGAAGAUACCUUGCUUUUAUUGCUCAGAUUCUGCCUUCAUGUGUACUGAAAUGGAUUCAAGAGAGGCAGCUGAAUAAAAGAUUUAACCAUGAGAAUUAUGGACUGAGUAUUACAAAGGGGAAAAAAUUUAAAUCCAUCGUGAACGACGAGCUGCCCACAUGCAUCCUCUGCGGGGCGGUCAGGAUGAAGCCCGGCGUGAAGGGGUUCACGGAGACCUCUGCUCUCUUUGAGGACGGGACCGUGGAGGAGGACAUCAACACCGUGGUCUUCACGACAGGAUACACGUUCUCCUUCCCCUUCCUGGAAGAGCCUCUCAGAGGCCUUUGUACAAAGAAGGUGUACCUGUACAAGCGGGUCUUCCCCGCAAGCCUGGAGAAGGCCACCCUGGCCACCAUUGGGCUCAUCAGCCUCAAAGGGUCCAUCUUGGCCGCCACGGAGCUCCAAGCGCGGUGGGCCACAAGGGUGUUCAAAGGACUCUGCAAGAUCCCUCCAUCCCGAACACUGAUGGCUGAGGCUACUAGAACAGAAAAGCUCAUAAAAAGGGGUGUGAUAAGAGACACCAGCGGAGACAAACUCGACUACAUCCCCUACAUGGAUGACCUCGCUGCCUGCAUAGGCGCGAAGCCCAGCGUCGCCCUGCUUCUCCUCAAGGACCCCAGACUAGCCUGGGAAGUGUUCUUUGGACCAUGCACCCCUUACCAGUACCGCCUCACGGGCCCUGGAAAGUGGGAAGGAGCUAGAAACGCCAUCCUGACCCAGUGGGAAAGGACCCUGAAGCCCUUAAAAACUCGAGGCACCCCGGAUCCCCCGACGCCAGCCUCCAUCUCACAUUAUCUGAAGGCUUGGGGUGCCUCUGUCCUGCUUGCCUCUCUUCUACUGGCCUGUAAGUCUGCCUUCUUUUUUAAAUUGGUGCGAGAUAAACUACAAGGUAGAAUUUCCUUCAUCCAGUAAGUAUUUGGCAAGGAGGAAUCUGACUGGUCCCGAGGGCUGCACCACUCCAUGUGAAUCUGGUCCCCAGACAUCUGCGACACCCCCUCCCCCGCCCCCCUGACUGCUCCCAUCCAGGCCCUGGCCAGUUACCUGUUGACUGAAUUCUUGUGCUGUCUUCCCUGGACUCGGUACCUCCUUUACUGCCUCCCUUUCCAACCCGUAUUCUACUCCGCUACCUAAGCAAUUAUUCUAAACAAAUCAUGCGGUAAUUGUUUCCAUCAAGACCCUGGUAGGAAUAAGAUAGCAAUAAAAUUAGGUAAUUUGUGGAAAUUUUAAUGUGGAGAUUAUAUCAAAAGUUCUGGGCAAAGUAUAUGGAAAUCACAGGGAUAGUGAAGUACAGACUCCUACCAGUGAGGUAUUUUUACCAUCUGGAUACCUAAUAAGGCAUGAGAAGAAGGCAAUUAUGAUCGAGAGAUGAUGGGGAGACACAGGCCGGGGAUCGAAUCGUGUCCCCCAAAAAGAUACUGUCAAGGCCUGACCCCCA